AAUACAGCUCAUACAACUUUACAUAUAGUGUUCCAGUUUGAAAUGCCUAAUAUUAAUAUAGCACUAUUAGCUAGUGAUGUUGAACUAUGGUUAAUAGCAGAAUAUCCGAUGGAGUUUACUAUAGAUGAAAUAAACAUUGUACUCAAAGAAGCAGUAGGAAGCAGAUGCAAAACUCCUCUACUAAACAGCAUCAUUUUAAAAGCUGGACCUGCUCCAAACAGCAAUCUUGCAAUUCAUAGAACUUGCGAAAUAUAUAUAGAAGAUCUAAAUUUGAAUCAAGAAGACUCGUUAGAUAUUGCAUAUAAUGAAGAUAUCUUUUGCAGACUUACAGAUUAUUCUAAUAAUCGAUUAAAACUAAAUUCUAUCCUUGAUUAG